AUGGGUCUUCAAAUAGAUUUAAUGUAUUUCAUAGCUGAGUCAGCCACUCAAAACAAUAAACCAAGUCAAUGCUAUAAGUGCUUCAAAUACGGUCAUGUGGCAAAAUACUGUAGAUCUAAAAAUCAAUUAUGUUCGAGAUGCGGAGAAGAAAAUCAUAAAUAUGACAACUGCCCCAAAUCUGAUCAACAUCCUAAUUGUUGUAAUUGCAAAGGCGGUCAUGUUGCUACUUCAACAGAUUGUCCUAAAUUUAAAGAGUAUCAACAGAAAAUACAAAAAACUAUCGACCAAUUCUCAUCAACAACUAAAUAUAAUAAAACAUCAUCAAUAAGUCCUAAUUGGAAUGAUCUAGAUGAAUUUCCAAUGCUUCAAACCAUUGACAUCGACAAAAUCAAUAAAUUACCAAUUAUCGAAAUAAUCUCAGAAAAAAUAAUAGCUGUUGUUGAACAAGCUACAGAAAAAAUAUUUCAAGCCUUAAAUCGAAAGUUUGAAACAUUAACAAAUCAUCUUAGUAAUAAAUUUAACAUUGAAGUUGAGGAGUUGUUAAUGGAAAAAAAUGAUUAUGUACCAAAAAACCAUGGCAAUACUAAAACAAUAACACAACUAAGAACUACACAAGAACAAGUUCCAACAGAUUCCAACAAUGAAAAAGAAUAUCCAUCAAUAACACCUAACAAUGGAAACAAAAGAAAAUUCAUCUCACCAAGUAGUUUAUCUGACAAACUUCAAUUCGAUUCUUAA